CUUUCUAUAAAGAAUCAUUUGCGAGUUGAUUACAGCGGAAACCGUCAUGUCACGUUCCGGUAUCUUCGUUCUGGUGCUGUGGUCACUGAUGACGUGCUCCUACGGAUUUACGAUGGAUCGUGCAGUAUUAUUUGUGCCGCCUGCAUGGGACACGGCACCGUCCUUGGACACUUAUCGAAGAGUAUUCGUCAAUCCUGCAAUGAAAAACCAGACGCAAGUAACUGAUAUGAAUAGGACCUUGCAAACUGGAGAUGCGAAAAUGUCGGAGAAUAUGUUAGAAAACCAGACGCGCGAGAAGAAAUCAACAACCAAGAAAGUCGAGAUGAAACCUAUCAAUAAAACAGCAUCAGCAAUGAGGAACGACGCUUCUGAUUCUUCUGAAGAAAACGCUAAUGCUAUUAUUACUCCUCGAAAUAUCAUUUUGCUCUUGAUCGAUGAGAGAGGUCGUGAGAAAAAGGACGGGAACUCGUGGAAAGAUUAUAAAGAAAGACUACCCUUCGCGAUUGAAGGAUUUCUUCAAAAUUGCCACAAUAAGACCGAGAGCGCUAAUUUCUCCAUGGGCAACGCAUCUACUUCUGAAAAGAAGGAAAAAGGUUGCAACUGCGAGCGUAUACUUUCGAAUAUCGAACAACUGUUAUUCUGGGCGAGACACACGAGAGGAAUGACAACAGGUGCAGUUUCCGGUAGCAACUUUUCGGUUCCAUUUUUUCCUAGAUACGAGUUUAACUCCAAUAAGAGUAAUGCACAGUUAGAACUACGUAAAAGCAAACGCGAUUCCAAUGACGGUUGGCAAGUGAUCGAUCUUAGCGAUCGGACGAGUUCUGUUUCACCUUUGAUUACGGAAGAAUCUAAGACAGAGGGAGAUAUGAAUUAUGAUACUACAUGGGAUAUUUUCGAUGUGUUGUCUAAAAUAAGAAUGGCUUUUUUCCGUUCUCUACUCGAAUCGUUGCACAAGAACGAUGGUGUGGUCAAGAAUGAAUUUCCCUCGCGUAAACAGUUCUUUCUUCAACCGACUGCGACUAAUUUAAUCGAGAAAACCAUCAAAGAGAUGAAGUCUAUGCCAAACGAUAAGGGUUACAUGUUAAUCGCUGCCGUGCCGGGAAGCGAGGGAGCCGCCGCUGUCGAUCUUCUUCAACGCGAAGCUUCUCUGAAGAACACUCUUUUGAUCGUAACACAAAUCUGUAUUGAUGACCAAAUACCCGUUUCAUUUGCUGCACAAGGACCGAAUUCUCAAAUUUUUCGAGAGGCAAGAGUUAUCGAUGAGCUACCAAUUUUAAUAAAAAAAGCGAUAAUCACAAGUGAUUGUUAUGAUAAUAACGAAUGUGUAAAUCAACAAAAACGCGAUGUUCCGAUUGAGUCACGUGUGUCGAUUGGCGGAGUCAUUUCGCAAGAAUUGCCAGCGGAAAAGCGAGUUGUUAGAAACAUGAACACAGAAAAACUGAUGCUGCUGAUACAGCCUACUGAGGAAAUGUCUAAGCAGAUACGAGUGGAGUUGAACGAGAAUAUAGCAACGCGUGAUAAGGAUCUCGAAAUGAUCAAAGAAUGGCUCACUAAGCAACCGCAUUUACCUAAGUUUGAUGAUGAUCGAAGAAUAAUGACAUUUCUACGUGGAUGCAAGUUUUCCUUGGAGAAAUGCAAACGGAAACUGGAUAUGUACUUCACGAUGCGCGCAAUAGUCCCUGAAUUUUUCUCCAAUCGUGACAUCACAAGGCCGGCGCUGCAAGAAAUAGUAAAGCUUGUACAUCUACCUCCUUUACCGGGCUUGACACACAAAGGAUGUAGAGUGAUCGUCAUGAGAGGAGUUGAUAAGGACGUACCGACUCCCAAUAUACCGGAAGCUAUGAAGAUAGUGUUCAUGAUCGGCGACGUUCGUUUGAAAGAAGAGGAGCACGGUGUGGCCGGUGACGUCUACAUCCUUGAUGCUGCCGUUGCGACGCCCAUACAUUUUGCCAAGUUUACACCACCUAUAGUGAAGAAAUUUCUGGUCUGCGCGAUGGAGGCAUAUCCGGUGAAGCUGAAGGAAGUGCACGUGAUAAACAUCAGUCCGCUUGUAGACACGAUCCUUAAUUUCGUCAAACCGUUCCUGAAGGAAAAGAUACGCAAUCGCAUCUUCAUGCACAGUGACAUCAAGACACUAUACGAUUACGUACCCCGAGAGAUAUUGCCGGCCGAGUACGGUGGCGACGCUGGACCCAUUCAGAAUAUACAUGACAAGUGGAUGAAGAAGUUAGAGGAAUACGGACCGUGGUUCGCGGAGCAGGAAGCUUUGAAGACUAAUGAGGCCUUACGACCAGGUAAACCAAAGACGCAAGACGACCUAUUUGGUCUCGAUGGAUCCUUCCGGCAGUUAUCGAUCGAUUAAGUCAUUUAACGCGAUCCGAAAUCGUUAUGGCGUAAUCAUCGCCAACGGCAGUCGUUAAUCAGAUCGUCAGCAUAAACUUUGAUGUUGAUCGGUCAUAAACUCCGUCCACGAUGAAAACAUUGAAAUCUGAACAUUUUUGUUUCAAACGACUACAAAUGUAUCGCAAACUUUUAUGCGAAUUGUGCUCAACAUCGAGUAUGUACCUUUAAAAUAACACGACCAAAUUCGUAUAUACUUGCGUAGUUAAAGCAUAAUAUAUUUUU